AUGCCGAAUCUCGUCCGGAAACUCCUCAUCUUUGCUGCUGUGGAUGGGCUGAUCCUACAGCCAUGCCCGCCUCGCAACCAGCCGCCCGCGACACAGCAAGCCAUUAAGGUCGACUACAAGGGCAACGUCGGACCCUUGCUCAGGGACCGGCGCGACGAAGAUAUUGCGCCUACGUCGGUGGAAGCGCAUGGCAUCAUUCGUGGCAAGUCCAUAUACAAAAUCACUCACGUGAGCUUGAUUCCACUGUCAUCACAAGCCGAAGCCGACAAGGCCAUCACAUCCGCCCGAGAGCACGUCCGACGUCAGAAUAAAGCGCAUGCCGCAGGAGCGGGUGACACAGACAGCGAAGACGAGGAAGGCGCGCCUAGCGUGGCCGACUCGCUGGACGACGAUGGCACAACCACAUCCAGCGAGGUGAUUGAUCCCGUGACCGGGCAGAAGGGGCCCGCCAAGGGAGACUCGAGCGUGGCGGCGGAUGUCAUGCAGCGCAAAGGCGUCUACGGCCGCUUCGCCGACAAGUGGUUCUCCAGAAAAGGUUGGAGUGCAGAUAGCAGGCGCACACAGGGCCUCAGUUCGCAAGAGAACCCAACAGGCAAAGUGCCGAAAAACGUCGAAUCUACUCCAAAGGACGAGGAGCUUGGAGCAGACCCUGCCGACCAGGAGGCGUUGCCUAGCUCGGAGAAAGUUGCCCCAGAAAGUGUCAAACCAGAGAAUAUUCCGAAAGCUCUAGAGGGCCAGAAGGAUGCAACAACUGUGGCGUUACUGCCGAAGAUUCUGCAGACGACGCGCAUGUACUUUUCUUCGGGCAACUUCUUCUUUUCCUACGACUAUGACCUUUCUCACAGCAUUGGCACUUCGCGACCAAACUCCAGCUUGCCUCUCUUCAGGCAAUUUGAUCCAUUAUUCUUCUGGAAUCAGCAUAUUGUAGAGCCAUUCGUAGAUGCUGGCCAGCAUUCAUUUGUCCUUCCCAUCAUCCAAGGCUUCGUCGGACAGAGACCCUUCACCAUCAAAGUCGCAGACCCUCAUUCCAACAGCGCAGUGAUUGAUCCUUCCGCCACUCCAGACGACAUUCAAUUGCAGUCAUGGCAUGAGAAGCAGAAAAAAGACGCAGACUCUGAUUCAGAUACCAACACCGACACACCGCCGCCUGAGACUUCAGAUGGAAAAGACUUUUUGUUGACCCUAAUUUCUCGACGCUCUACCCACCGGGCUGGUCUCCGCUAUCUGCGUCGCGGUACAGACGAUGAUGGCUUUACUGCAAACAGUGUCGAGACCGAGCAAAUCCUUUCCCCGCCUACCUGGAAUACCUCGCAGGAUAAAAUCUUCUCGUACACACAGUUCCGCGGUUCCAUACCCCUCUUCUUCUCUCAGUCGCCAUACAGCCUCAAGCCCCAAGUCAGCACAUGGGGUACCUUUGAGACCAAUGCCAGGGCUUUCAAGCGACAUUUUGACAAUCUCGCAUCGCGAUAUGGCGAUGUUUAUUGCGCUUCGUUGAUUGACAAGCACGGAACUGAAUCAAAAAUUGGAGAGCUAUACGAGAGGCACGCAAAGUCACUGAAUGAAAAUGGUGGCAUCGACGGCAAAGGUAAGCAGCUGGGCUUCGAGUGGUUCGACUUUCACAAUGUAUGUCGCGGUAUGCACUUCGAGAAUGUGUCGCGGCUCAUGGACACGCUCGAACCAUUCGCUUCCUCGACAGGCUGGACCGUCAUCUCUGACGACCAGAUCGAACACAAGCAGUCAGGCGUUUUGCGCACAAACUGCAUGGACUGCCUGGAUCGAACGAAUGUAGUUCAAUCUGCCUGUGCAAGGACCGCGCUCGAGGCGCAGCUGUCCGCAGGCAGCUACAACAUCGACCUGCAGAACGACCCUAGCACCAGUUGGUUUAACACUCUUUGGGCCGACAACGGAGACAACAUUUCACGCCAGUACGCCGGUACUGCGGCCCUCAAAGGUGACUUUACACGGACUAGAAAACGACAGAUCACGGGUGCCUUGACCGACUUUGGGUUGACACUCACCCGCUAUUACAACAACAUUGUAAAUGACUACUUCACACAAGCACUCAUCGACUAUCUACUCGGUCGUGCAACCGAAACUAUCUUCGCAGAAUUUGAAGCGGAUAUGAAGAGCUCGGACUACUUCAUAGACAUGGGGAAGGUGCGACAGCAAGCGAUCGAUCGCUCUGCCGGUAUCGUGAUCGAAGACCAGGAUGAAGACCUGAUCCACGGAUGGACUUUGACUGUCCCUACGGCAGCAAACCAAGUAAAAACAGCAACUUUCGAAGAAGCAGUCCUUCUUCUGACGGACAAAGCAUUGUACUUUUGUCGCCUAGAUUGGGGCACUGAAAAGGUUCGCGAGUUCGAGCGCAUUCAGCUUGAGAACGUGCAAGGUCUCAUGCGUGGUGUGUAUAUUACAAGCACGCUUGCUCAGCGGCACAUGGACACCGAUAAGAAUGUUGGUUUUGUCGUCAGAUACAAAGCUGAAGGUGGCGGCGACCUGGUGCGGAGAAACACUAGAGCCUUGGACUCUGGAGCUGGUAAUGAUGAGCAACACCAACAAGACACCAAAAAGGAGGAGGCAGGUCGCUUUUUGGCAUUCAAAGCUUUGCCUCCUCGCAGCAACGUCUCUUCCAAGGACACACCCGAUUCUCCGGAUAACGAAAUCGAGGUUGUGAAGAGCGUAUGCGACGAGAUUGUGCGCGUUGCGAACAAGAGUGGGAACAAAUGGAAUGUCCCUGAGACUGCACAGGAGGGCCUGGAUUAUGAGGGCCAAAACCGGCAGCUGACCGUGGAGGGUAGAAGGACAUUAUAA